AUGUCUCUGGACAAGGAGAGUAUAUUUACAAUCGAAGAGCUAAGGUGCCGCCAACAGCAGCAGUAGCAACAGAAUGGAGCAAACAAAGUGAGACCUGCCAAAAGAAGACCUCCAGCCCGGGAAGUGAGUUCAGAGAGGGAACGAGCUGGGUUCACUCCCCCAGCACCUCAGUCCGCCAUUUCCAGCAGUGCUCCCGUGUCUAUCUGGAGCCCAGCUUCCAUCUCCCCACUGUCGAUCCCUGUCCACUCUUCCUGCAUGCAGAGGUCCUAUCCUGCGACUCAUACUCAGGCUUCAGGUUAUAGUCAUGUUGGCUCAACUUCCUACUUUGGGGGGGCAGACCGUGGAUCUUAUUUGGACCCUAUGCAUCACCAGCUUCCCGGACCAGGGGCCACACUCAGCCCCAUGGGUACCAAUGCAGUCACCAGCCAUCUCAAUCAGUCCCCAGCUUCUUCUUCCACCCAGGAUGAUGGAGCUUCAAGCUUGGGUUUUAACUCAACCAAUUGUUUGGAUUAUAAGGACCAAACUGCUUCCUGGAAGCUUAACUUCAAUGCUGACUGCUUGGAUUAUAAAGAUCAGACAUCCUCGUGGAAAUCUAGUUUUGUGAAGAUCCAUAGAACCUUUUUGUGCCCUGCGGGCCUGGCGGAGGCGACAGGAGACCGUCUCUCGUCCUUUGAGUUCCCCUCCCUUCCUGUGCCCUGCCUCCGGCUGGGGUCCGAACCCAGGAGCUCCGCCGGGCCGCAGCCCACCCCGCUCGGCUACGUGUUCAGGCCCCGCGGGAUCCGGCCGCGCCAGAGCCCAGGGGGCUGGGGGCCGCGGGCAGAGCUGAGGAGCCGCCGCGGGGCCUGCGCGCCUUCAGCGCACGGAGAGCGCGGCCUCGUCGAGCCCUGA